AUGCAACUUCUGAAAUGGAAAGCUUUACUCUUCGCUGUGGAGAGGUGGACAGAGUCAUUUUCUUUGCGUCGCAGCAGCAGCAGCAGCAGCACAGCAGCCAGCCGCAGCAGCACCUGCUGCUUCAGCGCCUUCUGCAGCAGCAGGUGCAGCAGCAACUGCAGCACCAACUGCAGCAGCAACUGCAGCAGCGGCGGCACCAACAGCCGCUCGUUCUCCGCCUAUACUCCAGAGGCAGCUGCUGUUGUAGACGGAGCUGCAGCAUUGCUGCAGCUGCUGCCUGCUGCUGUAAAGCAUGGCCCCCCGCAGCAGCAGCGGUGGAGUUUCGGGUGCAUGCAGCAGCAACAGCAGCAGCAGCAGCACCAGCAACGCGGGCUCUUCCAGGUGGCUCCAGCAGCAAUUGUGUCGCUGCUGCAGCAGCUGCUUGAUGCUGUUCCUGCUGCAGCUCAAAGCAGCAGAUUCGUGGGGACUUUAUUGCAGGUGCUCUUGUUGAUCUUCGCAAAGGAAAGGAAGCAGCAGCAGCAACAGCAGCAGCAGCAGCAGCAGCAGCAAGAGCAGCACGACAGACAAGCAGAACAGGAUAGACGUCUGCAGCAGCAGGAGCAAUACGGAACGCUGCUGAGUUCUGUGCUGCAGCAGCUGCUGCAGCAGCUGCUGCACUCGUGGGCGCUGGAGGGAGCAGCAGGCCCGGCGCUCUGCCUCUUCGGUGCCCUCUUACUCACCGACGUCAACCCCCAGCAGCAGCAGCAGCAGCAGCAGCAGCAGCAGGCGCAGCAGCAGCAGCAGCACCAGGUAGAGGUGGAGAACUAUACUUGUCAGCAGCAGGUCCGGCUUCUUUCGCUUGAGCUGCUGCUGCUGGUUGCAGAAGCAGCAGCAGCAGCAGCAAAGCGACGCUCCAUGCAGCCGAGGGAAGGCGCAGCUGCUGCUGCUCCUGCAGCAGCUAGUGGGUGGCGGCAGCUGCAGCCAAAUGUAGCGCUGCAGCUGCAGCGGCUGCAGCAGCAGCAGCAGCAGCAGAAUAUGCUACACCCCAAACCUCCGACUCAACAGCAGCAGGCAUUGAACACUGUUGCUGCUGCAGCACGUACGACGCAGCAGCAACUGCUGCGGCGGUGCUGGCAGCUGCUGCUGAGGGAAUCCUUCAGCAGCACUGGCAGCUGCUUCGCAGCAGCUGCUGCUGCUGCUGCACCUUUGCUGCUGCAGCCGAAGCAUCCCCAGGAGUUUCACUCGGCUGCUGCUGUUAUCAAUGCCACGCAGCAGCUGCAGCACCUGCAUCUGCUGCUGCAGCAGCAAAAGCUGGAUAGACCCGUGCAUAUGCUUGGCAGCAGCGGCGACAGCAGCAAUGUGUCUGCUGCUGCUGCUGCUUCUGCUGCUUCUGCGGCAAGGCAGCAGCAGCAGUUGGCGGAGAGGCGCGACGCAGCGCAGCAGCAGCACGCAGCAGCAGCAGCAGCAGAUGGUGCUGCUGCUGACAGCAGCCUUUCUGGGGAUGCAAACGAAGAGGCCUGCCGUCCCCGCGCAGCAGCAACAACUGCUGCAGCAGCAGCAGCUGGCAGCAACAGCAGCAGCAACAGCAGCAGCAACAGCAGCAGCAACAGCAGCAGCAACAGCAGCAGCAGCUCUAGAGGGAUUGAAAGCGACUAUGGAGAGCUGCAGCGGCGUUGCUUGGCAGCUGCAGCGGCUGCUGCUGCUGCCAUGAGGGACGGAACGUUUUUGCUGCUGCAGCAGCAGCAGCAGCAGCUGCAGCAGGUCGUCACGCUUGGCUUGCCCUGGUCUGUAGCGUGGCUGUGGGCGGAGGUUGUUGCUGCUGCUCUUGCUGCAGUCCGUGCUGCAGCACCGAAGCAGCUUUUGCAGGUGUCUUCCUGCUGCGCAGCAGGAGACGCAGCAGCAGCAACAGCAGCAGCAGCAACAGCAGCGAAUGGCUGGCGGUGGCUGAGAGCUUGUUGGUUGUCUGGGGCGCAGCAAGUGCUGCAGCAGCAGCAGCACUUGUGCGCCGAGGGAGAGUGUUUGCUGCUGCUGCUGCAGCAGCAAGUACCCGCAGCAGCAAUGAUAUAUACAUUUUCUAAUGCAGCACUGGAUAGCCCCACAGGCCCCUCUCCUGAUCUGCUGCUGCGUACACAGAGCCAGACGCGGCCUGCUGCUGCUGCAGCAUACGGCCCGCUUCUCUGCAUGCAGCAGCGGCGAGAGGAGCUGCUGCAGCGCAUGGCGCAGCAGCUGGAUCUGCCUGGGCUGCUGCUACACAGGCAGCAGCUGCUGCUGCAGCAGCAGCACAAGCUGCUGCAGCAGGGUCACUUUGCCGCUGGAGGGAAAAGAGAAUCCCUUGCUGCUCAGUUGCUGCUGCUGCUGCAGCAGCAGCAACUGCUGCAGCAGCAGCACAGCAGCACCAGACGCUCCUAUGUAUCCCUCCGCAGCAGCUUGGAAACACUGGCCACCCAGAUGUGGGGCCGGUCUCCUGCAGCAGCAGCAGCAACAGCAGCAGCAGCAGCAGCAGAAGACUCAGGUGCAGCAGCUGAGGAUGCGGAUUUGUAUGAUGUUUUAGAUUCCCCUACAGAGUUUUGCGGUGCUGAGGUGUAUCCGCAGCUCGGGGUCGAGCAGCUGCAGCGCAGCAGCAUGACAUCAGAGCAGCAGCAGAAGCUGCAGCAGCAGCAGCUGCUGCUGCUGCUGCAUCCUUUCCUUCUGUCAGCAGCAGCAGAAACAGCAGCAGCAGCAGCAGCAGCAACAGAACUAGCAUCAGAAACAGCAGCAGCAACGCGUGCUUCUGCUUCCCUAAACAACGACUGGCGAUGCUCGCCGACUCUAUGGCUUUUGUUGCAGAUAUAUUAG